AUGCUUUCUCCCUUGGCAUCAAGUGAUGAUGCAUCCAUACAAAAGCAAGUUACUGAGCUUCGAUCGAUGCUAAUAGACAAUCAAUUAUUAGCAGAGAAACACCUCGAGAACUUGUACGAUUGUGCAGAUAGAAUUGAUGUUAAUUCAAUCCAAAAUACCCAUACAGAUAUCUUUAAUGAUAUGAAUAAUCAAUUGAAUGAGUUAUUAUAUGUGUUUCGAAACAAACUAAAUCAAAAGGAAGCCCAAAGUCCAAUAAAUAAACUAAAUCAAUUAAAAUCGACAACCACCGAUCCUACUUUACAACACCUACUUGAUUCCGGUGGGAACUUGUUAAAUUGUAUUCAAGAAGAAGGACAUAUCCAAGGAGGUAUCUUAAGUCUGGAACUUGCUGCCGAUCUUGAAAACUGUACUCAUGCAUUCCAAUCAAAAAUAUAG